AUGAGAUCGGCCAAACCGAUCAUUCACUUUGGACUCGGUCCUUAUCUCCGAAACCUGGGGAAAGCUGAUUCUGGCGUUGAUAAGCGCGCAGGCAUGUAUACAGCAAGACGACAGCAGCUUGAUAAUAUGACAAUGGAGUCCAUCGACGACAUGAAGCUGAGCACCGUGGAUAACGAGAAAAACGAGGUCGCGCUUGUGGGCGAGGUUAUCGAUCCGCAGGUCAGCAAGCGUUUGAAGCUCAAGGCAGACUUUAUCCUCCUCCCUUUGUUAACCAUUGGAUACUUGUUCAACUCGCUCGACCGCAGCAACAUGUCAAAUGCCUAUACUGCCGGCCUCAGCGAGGACCUCCACCUGGUCGGGAACCAGUACAACCAGGUGUUGACAUACUAUCAGAUUCCAUUUAUCGUCCUGGGACCGGUGAUAGCAAUGGUCACAAAGCAAGUCGGCGCCGCCUGGACGAUUCCCGGAAUGAUGCUGGUGUUUGGCGCUGCCUCGCUGGCAACAGGAUUCGUCAAGAACUUUGGGAGCCUGGUUGCCUGUCGAGUCCUCGUUGGCGCCGCUGAGAGUGGCUUUCUCGCAUCAGUGUUCUAUUAUUUGUCUAUAUGGUACACCCGGAAAGAGCUAGCUAGUCGCGUGGGUAUAUUCUAUGCUGCCCUAGUAGCAUCAUCCGCUUUUGGGGGUCUCCUUGCAUAUGGAAUGUUCCAACUCCAUGGCGAUUACUUCCGAUGGUCCUACCUCUUCUUUCUAGAAGGCGGACUGACUCUGACCUGGGGCUUUGUGUUCAUCUUCACCCUGCCAUCCAACACCCAAACCGCCUGGUUCUUGACCGAUAUCGAGAAGAAGGUAGCGCAAAUCAGGUUAGAGGAGGACUCGGUGACAACACUUGACAAUACUUUCCAUUGGAAGAAGGCCCUGAGCGAGUUCUAUACUCCGCACGGCUACAUUCGUAUGGCGUUUGCCUUUGUUGGCGGGACUAUUCUGACAAGUAAUGCCAACUUUUUAGCCAUCAUUGUUGAAAGGCUGGGCUUUGGCACGGUGAAGACGAAUUUGUACACCGUAGCCCCAGCACUCGUCGGAGCUGUUGUUCUGGUAGCCUUUUCCAAAUGUUCCAGUCAUUUUCAAGAGCAUGGCUUGCCCAUCACGAUCACAGCCAUCAUCAGCUUGGUAGGGUAUAUUCUCCUAACCGUCGUCGACCCUUACGACACGGGCGUUUUAUACUUUGCCAUCUUUGUGUGCACCAUGGGGGCCUAUCCCCAAAUCCCAAUUGGCGCUUCGUGGACAAUGGCCAAUAUCCCCGACCUGAACGCACGAGCGAUGACCAACGGGCUGUAUGUGGCGGUUGGAAACUGCGCGGGAUUGCUGUCAAGCAAUAUCUAUAUCCAGCGCCAGGCCCCGCGAUAUAUCACCAUGUUGAUUACGAACCUGGCCAUGUCUGCCGUUAUGACGUUGGCAGGUAUAACGUAUGGCGCCUGGAUGCGGUGGGAGAAUCGCCGUCGGGACAGGCUUCAUGGCCAAGUCCCAGCUAGAAGUGAGGGUGUAAAAGGCACGCGAGAUAUGAAUUUCCGGUUUAAAUAUUAG